UUAGAUGCACGGAAGUAAAUACUUGGAAAUGGCAGAACUGGGAGACAACUGUCUGCUGAACAUUAACAUUGAUUGAAAAUGUGAAAAUAGAGAAAUAGAGACCUUACAUUUGCUGUUGAUAUCAUGUGAUUACCAAGAUCAUGAGGAUGCACUGGUAUCCACACUGAAAUUUUGAAGAUGAAUUACAUAAAGAAAAUAGGAGCUGGGAUGCGCCCUUCAGCUGACCAAAAAGACCGUGUACUGGGACUAACACAUCUCAGGAAGUUGUUUGCAGAAUUCAGACACCCAACAAGGAAAGCCACUCAGGAAGAACAGGAGUACAAGCUGUAUAAUAUGAUUCCUCUAUUUGUCAAAGUGUUUGGAGAAGUUCAUUCCAGUGAAAUGACAGAGAAGUUUGGUGAUGUUCUGCAAUUCUGUAGUCAUCUGUCCAAACUGAUGGUCACAGAAAUACGAAGAAGAGCAUCUAAUCAAAGCACAGAGGCAGCCAGUUGUGCUAUUGUCACUUUUCUGGAGAUGGAGUCCUCUGAGACAACAGGAAAUGGUUGGAUGCUAUUGACUGCCUUAAAUCUUCUUUCCUGUGGGAACCAGGCCCUGAUUGAUUGUAUGACUGCUGCGUCCCUCCCCUCCACUCUUGUUAAGUGUCUUUAUCUCUUCUUUGAUCUGCCGGAAAUUGAGGAACCAGACAAAUGUAAUCCCAACUCUGAAUUCACUGCUGAAGAAAGAAGGAUUUUGUUGCAAAAAGUUUUUGUCCAGAUUUUGGUACACUUAUGCAAACACACCUCCCCAGCUGAAGAACUGGCCCGAAGAGAUGACCUGAGUCUGCUGUUUAGUGCUAUUACCAGCUGGUGUCCGCCCCAUAAUGCUAUCUGGAGGAAGUGUGCUGCAGAAGUUCUGAUGACACUUUCCAGACAUGGACUGACACAGAAUGUUGUCAGAUAUAUUCAUGACAAGGGAUGCCUGAGACACUGUAUAGAGAACAUGCAGAGAAUACAGGAGUUAUCCCCCUUGGAACUGGUGGACAUGUUUGUGACUGUAUUUUGUUUCCUGAAGGACUCUAGUGAAGUCUCUCAUGUUCUACUGGAUGACUUCAGAUCGUGUCAAGGUUAUGUGUUCCUAUCAGAGUUUUUACUGAGGUUAGAGAAGGAUGAUGGGGAGGAAUCACAGCAGGCCCUGAGGAACCUCGUCCUGUUAAUGGGAACCCUGACCACCUCAGGCCACUCAGAAAUCAAACCAAGUCAGGCCUGCUCAGGGUCACUCUUCAAAAUGCCAGGUUUCUCUGUCCCACAACCAGUGGGCAAAGGUGUGAGUGUCCGGAACAUCCAGGCAUUUCAAGUAUUACAGUCGGUCUUUCUUAAGGCCAAUAGCAGUGUACUGUGCACUGUUAUACUGGACGUGAUCAAUAGUAUCUACCACCAAGACAACGCAAACUACUUUAUUCUGGAACCUCAGCACACUUUGUCACAAUUCUCUGAAAAAAUCUACACAAAACCAAAAGAUGUACAGGAAAAGUUUUUUGAACUGUUGGAGUUUAUCAUAUUUGAUCUGAAUUUUGUUCCAUGCAAAGAGUUGAUAAGCAUAAGCAUUCUCAUUAAAUCUAACCAAUCAGGUUCCUGUACUGAUCUGUGUUUUAAGACCCUCCAGCGAAUUCUUCAGUUUCAUGCAUUGUUCAAAGAUGUAUUCCGGGAAGUUGGAAUGCUAGAGGUCAUGGUAACUUGUCUUCGUAGAUAUGCAGCUCUGUUUGAAGCAGGAGAAGGACAAAAUCGGGAGCCCAUUUCAAAAGAACAAAAGGAAGUUGGCUGUUUAGUGAUGGAUUGUCUAACCUUACUUCUCUCAUCCAACCAAAGCAAUGCCAAUGUGUUCCGUGAGUGUGGAGGGGCACGCUGUGUCCAUGGAAUGGUACAGUAUGAGGAAUGUCGACAGCAGGCCCUUAACAUUAUACAACAGCUGAUCCUGUCCCCUCAAGGGGACGAUGACAUGGCCACACUGCUUGGACUCAUGCACACCUCCCCUGUACUCUCACUACAACUCAAAACUCAUAUACUCAAGGCCCUGCUGACUGUACUAAGAGAGAGCCACCGAUCAAGAACUGUGUUCAGAAAAGUGAAUGGAUUUGUGUAUGUUAUGUCUCUCCUGCUGUCCAUGGAGGGCUGCCUACUGGACCCUCCCAAAGCACCAUGGGAUUCAGUGGAGAGAACAAGUGUUCUAAGUAUACUCAAAACCGUGUUCAGCACUCUUACAGUGGCCAUGAGAUAUGAACCAGCAAAUGCCAAAUUCUUUGAGACACAGGUGCAAUAUGACAGUCUAACUGAAGCUGUGCGACUGCUUGGAUGUUUUUCUGAGGCUGUAGAUGUACAACCUCUCUUUGAUACCAACACCCAGGACGAUGAGGUCAAAGGCAAAGAAGAAUCAUUAGAUGCAGAGGUGGAUCAAAGCAGAGCUGUGUGGGAGGAUUUCUUCUGGAAAAGUCAUGAUAAUCAGAUUGAUGAUAAAACCCCAGUCCUAUUACAAUCUGCUGCUAUUAUGAUCAAGUUCUUGUACAACAUGGUACUGGAUACAUUUGACAGACCCUCAGCUUGUCUUCAAGUGCAAACAGACUCACCUGCCUUAAAGAGACUCACUAUGGUACAGGAGGAGGAAAAAUCUCACACAGCUUCCCCCAAACGAGCAAGCACUGGGAGCAUCACUUUCUCUGUAAACAUCCAGUGUGACCUUAUUAUUGUACACCCUGGGGCUGUGAUUUCUAUUCUUCAUUUGUUGCCAUCUGUGGAGUUUGAAGGACAAUUAACAACAUCAUUAGGCCUACAGAGCUAUAUAGCUGAGUUGCUGAAGGGAGUCCUGUAUACAGAGAGGAACCAGCAAAUCAUGUGUGAUGCGGGGAUGCCUCACCAGCUCCUGACCCUGGGAUAUGUGGCUCUAGCAGAUGACUCUCACCCUCUACACCCUCCAUUUCGAGCCAUGUUUGAAAGGCUGGCAGCUCAGGCAUUGACACCUAGAGAUCUUAGAGAUUUUUUGAGACUUGGAUCACCAUUGAAUUGUCGAUCUGUGGAUGAAAUGUUUGAUAGUCCCAAGAUGAUGGAAAACUCCUGGAGUCAAAACUGGCCAGUCAGUCGAGCAUCAAGUAUUGAUGAAAGAAGGACACCAAUUCAGGUGGAAAACAAACUGAAAACAGCUGGUGAAGCUGUUCCACUGACUCGAGUAAAAUGUUUAGUUUCCAUGACAACACCAAAGGAUGCCAGGAUCAAUGGUUCUGCUGUGACUCCAGCUUUUGUGGAGUUUGAUAUGACAACAGAGGGCUUUGGCUGUUUGUACCUCCCAAGUAUUGCCCCUCAAGGUCCACCCACCCCCUCUGUUGUUAGUGGUGUUGUUGGGGUGGAUUCCACAGUCAUCGGAGGGAUAGGAACAGGAGAGCGGAUAUUUCCACCUCAGGCUGGUAUGACAUUUUCCUCAUGGUUUUGUGUGGAUAAAUUCAGUGUGAUUGCUGAUGCUCAUCCAGUGCGCCUGCUGACCAUUGUCCGAAAUCUGCAAGGAAGAGAUGAAAACCUAGUCUGUUUGUCUGUCACCCUGUCCUCUAGAGAAAGAUCUCUUAUUGUCUCAACUCAAGAAACUCAUCUACCAAGCUCAGUGACUGGUCUUGAACAAGAACCUGAACCUGUGUUGAAUGACAAUUGUGUUCGAUUCUGGUGCCCUGAGUUGACACAGGAAGGACAGUGGCACCACCUAGUGUUAAUUUUCCACAGGGCAGGAAUAAUGAAAAACAGCAGUGUUAGUCUGUAUGUGGAUUCUGAGUUAGUUAGUACUCAAAAGCUGCAUUACAUUUCUCCCAACCUUGGUGGAGGGGGCACAGCCAGUCCUACAGCUUUUACAUCGGUGUAUGCCUAUAUUGGCAGCCCUCCACAGCUACGAAGAAAUUCUCGCCUUACAUGGAGACAGGGACCCUGCCAUCUAAUGGAAGACAUUAUAUCUAGUUCUGUGAUUAGCUGCAUAUACAAACUAGGACCAACUUAUGUUGGAAGUUUUCAGUCCACAUGCAUAGAUGAUAUAGAGAUGUCAGGUGCUCUAGUGUCUGAGGAGAAGCUAGUAUUUGGUGUUCAUGCACAUGCUGUCUCCCAAAUGACUAUUCUGCUUAUCAGGAAAAACUACAGCAAAGUGGAUAGCAAGUCCAUAGCAAGACAGUUGGCUAUGUCUGCUCAUGACAAUGCUACACCAAUUCGGAUCAUCCACAACUCUGCAGGUCAUCUGAAUGGACCAGCCAGGAGUCUUGGUGCAAUACUCAUAGGAUACCUUGGUGUUCGAACUUUCUGUCCACGACCCGUUGCCAAAAUGCUAGAAAACAUUGGAGGUGCUUCAGCUUUGUUAGGGUUGGUUGCCAUGGCGUCUGAUGUGGAGGAGUUGUAUGCUGCUGUUAAGGCUUUAGUUUGUGUUGUCAAGAGUAACAAAUCCACCUUGAAGGACAUGGAAAGGAUAAGUGGUUAUCAGCUGUUAUCCAUGCUGUACAAGAAGAAACAGAAUCUCUUAAACAGCCACAUUUUACACCUGACAUUUUCACUGAUUGGGACUGUAGACAGUGGUCGUGAAAGCUCUGUCAUCCCAAACAAGAAGGCUUUCCAGGACCUACUGUGUGAACUCGAGGUCUGGCAUCAUGCUCCCUUUGAUCUUCAGAGAUCAUUAUAUGAACACUUCUUUGAACUUCUCACAGACUCCAGUGAACAGAGCAGCAAUUUCCAGUUGAUGCGUGACCUUGGAAUGGUGGGCCGUUUACUUCACAUUUUAAAGGACAAUCAGUUGACCCCCGCCACAAUCAAAGCUAUCUCUAGUGAUAUUACUGUUCUCCUGCAGGGAGCCCCUGAUUAUGCCGCACUUCUAAAACUGGGACAAUUUACUGUGUCAACUCUUCCCUCCAUGUCAGCCUCUGAGAAGCAGAUAGUGAUUAAUGGGAUCAGCCCUACAGAUGAUACUGAUGGUGAUGUUGGUACAUCUAUGUACAAAAUCAAGAUGAGAAACAAUUGUUUGGAAAUUAUACUGGAGUUAUUGCAGGAUCCAUCUUCUGGAAAUAAUGUUGUACCAGAAGAAAUUCAGAAGGUUCUUGGAUUUGAUUGGUUGCUUCUCUUUGUCCAGCCACAUGUCCAUCAUAGCACAGUCAUCACUGCUCUUAGGGUGCUUCUAACGAUUUUACAGAAUCCAGCUUCAUUGUUGAAAUUCCGAGAGGGGACACCAGGUGGAGGCUGGCUUAGUAAUACAGAACCAGUUCUGAAGCAGCAUGUAGGAGUCAUGUUAGGUCUGAAUAUAAGCACCAAGAACACAGGGCAAAAACGUGAACUAAACCAGGAGGUCUGUAAGGUCCCUGGGUUCACAGCAUUACAAUGGCUACUCCCCAAGCACAGUAACAUACCAGAAGUAUACUUCCUAAUGAUGGCACUGUUACUAGGACAACAUGUAAACAAAUUACCAACUGAUGUAGAGCUGAAUAUAGACAAAGUAUGGACUGUGAUAUUUGGGGUACCAGCCAGUAAACCAGUCUCCAUAGCUGCCAAGGAGAAGCAUGCUGACCUAUGUCCAGAGGCAGCCUUUGUCAUUCUGAGCAUGAUCAGGAGCAUGCUCAAUCAGGACCAGGAGGAAUUAAGUGGGGCAUGGAUACAGGAAUACCCUGUUACACUGAUGCAGUUCUUUUUGUUUCUGUACCACAACCAGUCAGACUUCAUCCACCUAGCAUCCAGCCCUGAGUUCAUCAGCAACCUUGCUGCCACUUUAUUCCCUUACAACAUCGUGGACCAUGAUGUUACUACACCAACAGAAGAAUUUAAACCAUUCCCAGACACAGAGAGCUUUGUUAGAGUCCGCACCCCAGAAAAAGACAUGCCAAGUCUUUUAACAAGUCACCCUGCUCGUAAGUUUGUGGUGGACUUCCUGAGGACCAUUGUGGUGGACAGCUUCUCUCAGCAAGUCUCCUCCAAAUCGGGCAUCAUCCUGGACAUUGUCUUAGAUGCAUCUCCUGAGACUGCCACCAGGUCCCAGAGACGUGAGUACCAGACAGAGAUCCUUACUGUCAUCAUGGAGCACCUGCUGGCUGCUGAUGUGUUGCUCGGAGAUCAGGCUGCUCUCCCACUCUCAUCAGGAGGAAGUUACUCCAACAUGACUAACAAUGUCUUCUACUUUGCUAGUCGCCUUGUGGACAAAGUUUGGCAAGGUGUUUUUACAAGAGAAACAAAGGAGGUUUUUGAAUUCAUCAGUAAACUUAUUGCACAAGCCAAAAGAAAAUCUUCGGGUGUGUCCAUGGAUUUGAUCUACAAGUCACUCAACAGGACAAUUCUGUAUCAGCUGUCUCGGCCCAUUAAUAUAGUCUCUUCACAAACAACAGUAUUAGAGUCUCUACACAAGCUAACCUCAAACAGGACACUUAUAUUUGGCCCUAAGAACUAUGAUACGGAGUUUUUAGUUUGUCUGUGUUACUGCUUACUCCAGUUGACUGAUGAUGAUCCAGAAAAAGGCAUGGAAAAUUUGCAUGGAGGAAAGGCCUUAAGGACUACCUGGCAUCUUAACAUGGAUAAAGAUGAAGCAAAUGGAGAUCUGGAGGCUAAUUUCAGCCAUUUUCUGAAGGGGUCAGGGGUCAUGGAAGGUCAUCAUAAUUUGGUAAAAGCUGCCAAGCGAGUAUGGGAGGAGCUAUAUGCCUGUAAAAAACCAGCUUUGGAAGAGAUCUUUAAAACACAGCUGAAUAACAUUGAUGUGACCCAUUCUACCUCUGUAUCCUCUCCAGACAUAAAUAGUGUCAGAGGUUUGAUACAAGAGUAUGCCUCUAAGGUGUGGGUAACGUAUGCAGAGAGUGAAAGAAAAUGUCAUGCAUCAUAUGCAGAGAGGCUUCCUACUCAGAUACAAUCAACUCUCCAGAAAGUGGGCAGUGGUGUCCUGAGAUUGGCCACAAGAAAAGGAAAGAAGGAAAUGCCUUUGAAAGUGUCCCCAUGUUCUAAUGUCCACAUGACAGAUUUCAUAUCUUGGACUUUGUCCCACAUUUCUAUUGUGAAGGAUCUUGUUGAGUUACAGUAUCAGCAAUAUCUCAAGGCCCAGGAGCAUAUGGAGCGCUACCUUCUGGAGGAGUGGACACAGAGAGAGGUGGAUCUACUGAGGGAGAGGGGCCUCUGGGGCCCAACAGUGGGGUCAAGGCUCAGGAAGUGGAUGCUUGACAUGACAGAGGGUCCUAGUCGCAUGUUGAAAAAGAUGAUUCCAAAUGAUUGGUUUUAUGCCCACUACCCAUACAGGCCAGAUAUGGAAAAUAGUCCGCUGAAGUACAAAAUUGCAAUGAGCUAUGACAGUAAGGAGUACUUUGAGAGAUUCCGGUCCCAAACCCUUGUAGAACCUGAUGUCCUCCCCAUUAUGAGAGGAGUAGAGGACACCAGUGAAACGGAGAGUGUGGAUGAGAAGAUACCAGAUGUUUCAGAUAUAACCAGAAUGACAAAGCUCCUUGGACGUCCCUCCAAACAAAGGCAAGUGGAUGUGGAUGAGGAAUCUGAGGAUCCAUCUUGUGUGGAGAAUCUAACAGAGAUGGAAAAAGAAAACCAGGGGGAGGAGUUACGUGGAGAAGAGGGUAGGGAAGGACCCACAGAGUCCUCAGGGACCAAAACAGACAAUAAUCAAACCAUACUCAGAAUAUUAGGGGAAGGGGAAAAGAUAACAAAUAUAUUUCGUUGUGCGAGGAUACAAGGACUGGACACUGCAGAAGGUCUGUUGUUGUUUGGAAGGGAACAUUUCUAUGUGAUUGAUGGAUUCACUAUGCUAAGGACUCGAGAGAUUCGGGAUAUUGACAGUCUGCCUCCUGAUUUACAUGACCCAAUCAUUCCAAAGGCAUCCAAAGGAAGUGGAACUCAGAAACGCUUAUGCAGUAAGUUUGCUUAUGAGGAUAUUCGUGAAGUCCACAAGAGACGGUACUUGCUUCAACCAAUAGCUGUAGAGGUUUUCUCUGCAGACGGGAGGAACUAUCUCCUGUCCUUCCCAAGGAAACUGAGAAACAAAGUGUUCGCAAAGUUCAUGUCUGUUGCCACAGCAAUGACAGAUAGUGCCCUGCAGUCAGUAUCAGGGCAAAAACAGGGGGCCAAGAUAGAAGCUGGAUCUGGUAUUAUUAGUUCUCUGAUGGGUGAAAAAUCUGUCACACAAAGGUGGGAGCGAGGAGAAAUUAAUAACUUCCAGUACUUGAUGCAUCUGAACACUCUGGCUGGACGAUCUUACAACGAUCUGAUGCAGUAUCCGGUGUUUCCAUGGAUUGUUGGUGAUUAUGAUUCUGAGGAACUAGAUCUGUAUGAUGAAAAGACUUUCAGGGACCUUAGUAAACCUAUGGGUGCUCAAACACCUGGAAGACUACAGCAAUUUAAAAAACGUUAUCAAGACUGGGAUGAUCCUCAAGGGGAGACUCCACCCUACCAUUAUGGCACCCAUUACUCAUCUGCCAUGAUUGUAGCUUCUUAUCUAGUCAGAAUGGAACCAUUUACUCAGCACUUCCUCUCCCUUCAGGGAGGACAUUUUGAUCUGGCUGACAGGAUGUUUCACAGUAUACGAGAAAACUGGUACUCAGCCGCCAAGAACAAUAUGGCUGACGUCAAGGAACUUAUCCCAGAGUUCUUUUAUCUGCCUGAGUUCCUGAGAAACUCCAAUAAUUUUGAUUUAGGAGUCAAACAGAGUGGUGUUGCAUUACAUGAUGUAGUACUUCCUCCAUGGGCCAAGGGGGAUCCCAGGGAGUUCAUCAGGGCACACAGAGAGGCCCUUGAAAGUGACUUUGUGAGUGCACAUCUUCAUGAGUGGAUAGAUCUGAUAUUUGGAUACAAACAACAGGGACCGGCAGCUGUGGAGGCGGUCAAUGUCUUCCAUCACUUGUUUUACGAAGGAAAUGUAGAUAUAUACAGCAUAGACGACCCACUGAAGAAAAAUGCAACCAUUGGGUUCAUCAAUAAUUUUGGUCAGAUUCCUAAACAGCUGUUUAAAAAACCCCACCCCCAGAAAAAACUGGCUCUGCGGCUAAAUGAGGCAUUACCCAUGGGUGUUGUUCCCAGUCAAGACAGAUUGUUUUUCCACAAUGUGGAUAAUCUAAGACCAGCAAAACAGGCCAUCAAAGACCAUAUGCUUUACAUGAAAGUAAAAAGUGCCGUAGGACAAAUCCUUGUCACAGAUCGAGUUGUCAUGGCAGUAGAACAAAACAAAGUCAUCAUUCCAAACACAUACCAGAAAUACCUGUCUUGGGGAUUCUCAGACCGUAGUGUUCGCAUAGGGACGUACGACUCUGAAAAGGUGUCACAAGUGUUUGAAUGCCUGGACAAUGGAGAAAUUCUGUGUGCUACUUGUCCCAAUGCUAGAACCUAUAUUACUGGAGGAACUAGCUGUGUGGUCAAUGUAUGGGAGAGCAGACAGAAGCGCCUGACCCUGAAGCAGCCUCUUUAUGGACACAUAGAGGCGGUCACCUGUUUGGCAUCAUGCCAGGGCUAUAACAUGGUGGUCAGUGGAUCCAGGGAUAAGACCUGUAUCAUAUGGGAUCUAAGCCGCUUGCAGUUUGUCCGGCAGUUAAGGGGUCAUUCUGGUCCUGUAGCUGCUGUUUGUAUCAAUGAACUCACUGGGGAUAUUGCUUCCUGCUCUGGCACAUACCUGUAUUUGUGGUCCAUUAAUGGGGAGGAGAUAGCCUGUGUCAACACUGCUCCUCCACAGAACAAUCAGCAGAUCCUGUGUCUGGCUAUGUCACAGAUGUAUGAGUGGGACAGCAAAAAUGUAAUUUUAACAGGAAGUAAGGAUGGUGUAGUCAGGAUGUGGUCAGUGGAAUAUGUUCAAGUGCCAAAAGAGGAGAAAAAGAAUCUCAAAGUUGAGGAGAAAAGCCCAACUGAAAAACAAAAAUCACCAAAUCAACAUGAUGCUUUCAAGGACAUUCAGACAGCUGCAGAUCGAUUGAAAGCUCUCAAAGAUCUGAAGAUGGAGAGUAAAGAUGUGGAGUUAAGCUCCUCCGUGGAUAGUGAGAGUCACAUGGGUUUACAUGCUCCAACACAUGCUGCUAUGUUGGAGCAUGAGGACAGUAUAGUCAGCAGUGUCAGUAAUGCGACUCCUCAGAAUGAUGAUGCAGUCAGUGUAGACAGUGAGGACCAAUUGUCAGUCAAGUCCUCGGAUCCCUCUUUAGAAACAGCCCUCGAGGCAGAGGAGUACCUAAGUAAUUCUUCCACAGAUUUUGUUAAAGGGGGAUUGAGUGAUCGCAGUCAGAGUCAGCCAGACUUCAAGGACACCCUGAAAGAAGCAGACAUCAUGGUCAAGUCUGUGUCAACAGACUUUGAGGUGAUAUCAGACUCUGAAGUGCAAGGAACACCCAAAACAAUGGAAGACUUGCUGAAGAAAUACAAAGGAAAUCCCAGAAAUUACCUGAGAGAAGGCUUUAAAUGGCAGAGACAGCUGAUGUUUAGAAGCAAACUGACCAUGCACACUGCUUUUGAAAGAGAUGACAACAAGGAGCCAGCUGUCAUCACAGCAAUAGCAGUGUCCAAAGAUCACCGUACUGUGUAUGUUGGAGAGGACAAAGGUCGAGUGUACAGCUGGACUGUGACGGAUCAGCCAGGUCGAGUGGUCGCGGAUCACUGGAUAAAGGAUGAUGGAGUUGAAAAGUGUCAUUCCUGUUCUGUCAGAUUCUCUUUCUCAGAACGCAAGCAUCACUGUCGCAAUUGUGGGAAGGUAUUCUGUUCAAGAUGCAGUCGGUAUGAAACAGAAAUUCGUCGCCUGCGUAUCUUGAAGCCUGUUCGUGUAUGUCAAGCUUGCUACAAUAUAUUGCGGGCCCAGCAAGCUGCAGAUGCAGUUUCACAAAAUAAGAUUUGACGAUCAGUAUUCUUGGCAUCUGAGAUUAUGAUCUAAAAAUUUGUCAAUUGUAGAGCAGCAUUCUGUAGAAUUCCUUCAACCAUAACUCGAGGGUUCUGUAAACUGUAAAGCAACUUUAUACAUGUACCAUUUCUACGUGGUGUUCAAUAUAUGAGAGGUUAUGUUCUUUGUCAUUUAUUCAUGUUUUAGUAUUUAUUGUUCCAGAGAGCUAUACUAAGGAGUUGUCGGAUAUUAAUACUAUGUUCUAGUCCCAUUAUGUAUUGAACUUUGUACUUUGUAUGAAGGUAGAUAUUGAUCCUUAAGAGUGUAGCUUUAAGCUUACUUAGUAAACAUAUGCUUCACCUUGUAGCUGGGUGCUUUAUGCAUUGUUAUUUAGGUCAUGCUUGUUUUUAGGUUGUUAACAAAACAAAACUAUGUGAACAAUGUGCAGCAUAAAGAUGACUGCAACAAAUUUUAUUCCAAAUGCUGACUGUGAUAUUUUUAAGUUGUUGUAGCAGGUUUAGUGCACCCUUCAAUGCUUUCAGGAAAAAAAAACCUUGUUUAAUGAUAUUUGAAACCAUGCAAUAUACAAGAGUGCAAUAUAAGAACAAAAUAGCUAUUUUAAAGAAAACCUUUUCUCCCAUUCACCCCUUCAUUGAAUUAACAAUAUACAUGUACCCGUAUCAAAUAUGAUAUUGAUUAAAUUAGUUUUAGUGAGAGAGCAAACCAUUGUCUUCAGGUUUACAGAAUUGUGUUUCCAUGCUUCAGUAUGGUAUGCUUUUGGCUUUAUUCAGAUUAUCAGAAUCCUGUUGUACAUUUACAUCAGUACAGAUUAAUUAAGGUUAUCCAUUUUUCAUCAGGCCAUUACUGUAAUUAUAGCAUAUUGUUAUUGAAAUUGAUACAUCCAUCUCUGUUUUCAAGAAUAUUUUACCAUUUUCAUGCUGAUAAUUAUAGACAAUUGUAAGACAGGUGAACUAGGAAUUAUAUCAAAAUGUGCAUCAUUAGCAAGCAAUCUAGUUAGUUACUAAUUACUUUGCUAUUUUAUGUAGACUGUUAGUGAAUCAAUGAAUGUUUGUAACAGAAUUUGUCACAAGUAGGAAUUGUUAACAAAGAAGUGAUGGUAAAGGGGGACAACUCUUGUACACAAUGAUAUAAACUUUAAAAAAGUUUAACUUCAAGUCUCUUGUUUUCUGUCUAACUUUGUGUGUUUUGUGCUGAGGUCAUUUCAGUCAAUAAAACAGAAAAUUCA